UGACGUCACGGUAGGCGGAGCUUAGAGGGCUGGCUGUGAAGAAGGAGACGGAUGAGUUUGUUGUUGUUGUUUAUCUGGUUUAGCGGAGAUUUUACUCACCACUGCCGCCUCUGAACGAGCGCUAACUCCGGGGGAACCAUCACCACCAGACCCGCUGAGGAACCGGAACCGGGACUCUCCUCUGAAACCCGCAGCGUCGAGCGGAACCUGCCCGGACACGGCCAACAUGAAGUGGAUGUUCAAAGAGGAUCACUCCCUGGAACAUCGCUGCUUAGAGUCGACCAAGAUCCGCAGCAAGUACCCGGACCGGGUCCCGGUCAUCGUGGAGAAGGUGUCGGGCUCCCAGAUCGUGGACAUCGAUAAGAGGAAGUACCUGGUGCCGUCCGACAUCACGGUGGCCCAGUUCAUGUGGAUCAUCAGGAAACGCAUCCAGCUGCCGUCGGAGAAGGCCAUCUUCCUGUUUGUGGACAAGACCGUCCCUCAGUCCAGCAUCACGAUGGGGCAGCUGUACGAUAAGGAGAAAGACGAGGACGGCUUCCUGUAUGUGGCGUACAGCGGAGAGAACACCUUCGGCUUCUAGGGACCGGGCCGGAGUCCGACUCGGUUCCGGUGCCGCCGGCCCUGUGAGGGAGUGAUCCUGCCUGAGCGUCUGUUGUCCACCUUUCUACAGAUUCACCUUCAUUGUGGUGCCGUUUCAAUCACUUUGGGUUUGAUGCUGUUGUUUUUUAGAUCCUGUUUGAUUUUCUCUUCUUGCGUUUUUUAAGUGACGAGUUUGAAUGAAGUUUGUUUUAAUGCUUUUGUUUUUCUUUUAAUUUAAUAAAAUCAAAAUGAAUUUUAAGUUAAAUGCGUGAGGGUGAGGUAGCUGGAUGACCUAACCAAUAAAAGAUGAAAACUGAA